AGCGCUGCGGGGUGGGGGGGGCGGCGGCAGCGGCGGGAUGAGCGCGUCCCUCAUGGAGCUGCUCAGGAAAUGGCUGGGCCACCCCGAGGACAUCUACAACCUGCUGCGGUUCAAGAUGGGCGGCUACCGGGCCGUCAUGCCGCGGAAUGACCCGGACUCGCUGGGAUGUGGCCUCCGCACCUGCUACCGGUACCUCAACCAGACCAGCCGCAGCUUCGCCGCCGUUAUCCAGGCCCUGGAUGGAGAGCUGCGACAUGCCGUCUGUAUAUUCUACCUAGUUCUCCGUGCCCUGGACACUAUAGAGGAUGACAUGACCAUCAGCUUAGAUGUAAAAGUCCCGAUGCUGCAUGAAUUUCACUCCUAUCUUUAUCAACCAGAGUGGAAAUACAUGGAGAGCAAGGAGAAGGACCGACAGGUGCUUGAGGACUUCCCAACGAUCUCCAUGGAGUUCAGGAACCUGUCAAAGGUUUACCAGGACGUUAUUUCAGAUAUUUGCCACAAGAUGGGUGUUGGGAUGGCAGAGUUCUUGGAGAAGAAGGUGGACUCUCAGCAUGAGUGGGAUAAGUAUUGUCACUACGUUGCUGGUCUGGUGGGGAUUGGCCUUUCCCGCCUCUUCUCUGCAUCAGAGCUAGAAGAUCCUAUUGUUGGGCAGGACACAGAGCUGGCAAACUCCAUGGGCCUCUUUCUGCAGAAAACCAAUAUCAUCCGUGAUUAUCUGGAGGAUCAGAUGGAGGGACGGGAGUUCUGGCCCAAAGAGGUUUGGAGCAGAUACGCAAAGAAGCUCUCGGAUCUUGCCAAACCAGAGAACAUUGAUAUGGCUGUCCAGUGUCUGAAUGAGCUCAUCACCAACGCCCUCCACCAUGUCCCUGAUGUACUCACAUAUUUAUCCCGCCUGAAAAACCAAACUGUCUUCAACUUCUGUGCUAUCCCCCAGGUGAUGGCUAUUGCCACGUUGGCUGCCUGCUAUAACAACAAGCAGGUGUUCAGGGGGGUAGUGAAGAUCCGGAAGGGACAAGCCGUCACUCUCAUGAUGGAUGCCACAAACAUACAAGCUGUCAAAGCCAUCAUGUACCAGUACGUGGAAGAGAUCUACCAGAAGAUCCCAAGCACGGACCCAUCAUCCAACAAGACGCAACAGGUCAUCGCUUCCAUCCGUGCCAUGAGCUUGCCCAGCAACCCCAUGGCAUCACGCCACCACUACUCCCCCAUCUACCUCUCAUGCGCCAUGCUCCUGGCUGCUCUGAGCUGGCAGUACCUGAGCACCAUCUCCAAGGCCACUGAGGAGUACGUCCAGGCGGGCGAGAACUGAUGGGCAGCAGAUGGGUGGGGGGAGACGUGGUUGGUGGAAGGGCAGCGGAUGCAGGAGGCUCCUCAUCCCCUGCUGGUGAAGACGGCCAGCAGUGAGGUGCCACAGGGCCUGGGACGGUGACAAGGAUGGGACACCAGUGAGCUGCAGCCCUGGGAUGAUCGUGUGGCAUUUCCAGACUCCACUCCUCACCGCUCUUGCUAUCUGCUUGGAUGGUUAGAAAUGCUUAUUGGAGUCUUAAUGUUUGGGGUUGAAUACUUCCCCCCCACCUUCUUUCCUGUUGGACAGUUUACCUGAAUUAUUUUGAUUUUUUUUUUUUUUUUGUUAGGAUGGUUUUAAAUAGAAACUCCAGUUGUCUCUUUUCUUGCUUAAGAUUUGAGAAACCUUUCCAGAGCUGAGCAAAGCCUUCUGGGUUUUGCCUCCCUUUCUUAGGCAGCCUCUUCCCCAUCACAUCUGGUGCCUGCUCUGCACUGGAAGAACGCUGCUUCAGCCAGGAAAGCAAUAUGCUUUCUUAUCCAGGGGAAAAGCUCUGGCGACCUUCUGGCACUCAGCCCAGGCUGGUUGACAUCCUGCAGGCUGGAAACAGGUAGAGGCGAUCCUCACAUUUCUGUUGUGCUGAAAGAGGCUACAAGGCUUGAAACAAGCCCUUUUAAUGUUAAAUACACAGUAGGUGGGAUGCUCUGUCCACUUGAAUGUGCUCCUAGCUGAAAGCAACUUCUUACAGCUCCCUGUCCUCUAGCAGAUGGCAUCCUGCACUUGAAAAGCUACGUUUCAGCAGCUGGGGACAUUGUAAAACAGGCGAGCUGUGUGGAUGGCACUGAGUGAAUAAGUGGCUGUGGCAGAGCAGCACCACUGCAGCAGCACCAGGUGCCUCUACAGAGCAGAGGAGUGAAGGUUUGCACCAUGCUGUCCCUCAUGGGAUGCUUUUUAGGGGGGCCUUGGUGCACUGGCUGCCCUGAAAGGCAGUGAUCCAUGCCGUGGGGUGAGAAGGCUUGAGCCACUUAGGCAGGGUCCAGGGCAGGUUUCCCUGGCUCAUUUGGCUCUAGCUCAGGAUGCUGCUUUGGGUUACACUGACGUGCAAACUGGAAAAGGCUUCUACUGCUAUUCUGAAACACAUCUGACUGGACUUAACUCUAAGAAGAAACAAUGCUUUAAAGGCAAGUCCUGAUUUCCUGGGGUGGAUUUUUGGUGGUGUGGUCCCUAUCACCCCUAAAUGCUGCUUUGCCUUUGUGAAGGGGAAGUGCAGUUCAGUGGACUUGACAAGGCCAAGCCCCUGCAGCCCGACUGUUACUCGGAGGGAAGACCCCUACUCCACAAGUACACAUGUAGAUAGUUUUAAGCUGUUGUUCAAAAGAAACUUGCGGUAGCUCUCUUUGUGCGGCUUCCCGUCUUGUUGAAAUUAAAGUUUUCUUU